UAAACGACACCGACGAUGACAGCCUUGUCGAUAAAAUAUUGGAAGGACACGGUCACUAUGCACUAUUUGGUGAAAAAUACCGCAGCGAAGUGUAACGCCGACAUAAACGAAAACUACACCAUUAUGUUCGAGUUCAAAAGUAUUGAAAAUAUUUUACUAUCAUUGGUACUAAUUUCGCCAGUAUUUAGUCAUGUGUACUUGAACACCUCGCUGGGCCUCGUGAAGGGGACAGUGAUGCUCAGUCGUAAUGGUAACCCAUUCUAUGCAUUUUUAGGAUUACCUUAUGCUCAUCCACCUGUAGGAGAUCUGAGAUUUACAAAUCCCAUUCCAUAUACCAUUCCCUGGCACGACGAAUACGAUGCAACCAAACAAGCAUCAUUUUGCAUACACUCGCGGUUGAAUUUUGUUAUCGAAGGCUCCGAAGACUGUUUAUAUUUGAACGUGUACACACCACAGUUACCAUCGAAAAAUACCACCAAAUUACCGGUAUGGUUUUACAUUCAUCCUGGAAGGAGGCUUUUUGGAGACCCUUCCACUCAACGAUGGGGUCCUCACUACAUUAUGGACGAACCGGUGAUCUUUGUAACUGCAGCAUAUCGACUCAAUUCUUUCGGCUUUUUGAGCAUGGAAGAUGAUGUGAUACCGGGUAAUUUCGGAUUAAAAGAUCAAGCAGCUGCGUUACUUUGGAUUCAGAGAUACAUAUCUGAUUAUGGAGGCGAUCCUGAUCGAGUCACCAUCUCAGGCGAAAGCUCAGGAGGGGUUGACGUCAGUUUACAUUUAUCUUCUCCUCUAUCUCAGCCAUUAUUCCAUCGAGCCAUCAUGCAGAGCGGAUCUCAUUUAAACUACCGGACGGUGGUGAAAUCAGGAGGCUCUAGAAGACAAGCCUGGAAACUAGCAUCAGUCGUUGGAUGUAAUAAACCAUACAUAAAAACUUCGGAAGACUUGCUCAACUGUCUGCGUACGAUCCCUGCGCCAUUGCUGACUAUCUCGAUUUUUUUCAUGAUGCACGACUACAUUUUACCACACACGUAUUUUGGAAUAGUUAUUGAAAAUUCGAACUCAGAAGGAGCUUUUCUCACCUUGCAUCCGAUACUGGAAAUGCAAAAUCCUUCCAAUAAAACCAUCAUGAUGGGCACAAAUACGAACGAAGGUCAUCAAAAAGCGAUCGCUAUAUUCUCACCACCUUAUCCAGGCAAAAAACUCAAACUCAAAAUUAGAGAUCAUUUUUUGGACGAUUACCAGCGCUUGUUUCCAAUUUUAUUUGGUUUUGAUCAUUUGCCAAAUCGGAUAGUUGUGAUGGAAGAAAUAAAAUUGAAAUAUUUUUCAGAAAAACCAUUGAAGAAAUCGUAUCAUGGAAUCGCAACGGCUUUUGGAAUCUGUACAGUACAGCUCAAUAUGAUUGAAUCUGCUCUGCAAUACAAAGGUCCCAAAUACUUUUACCAUUACGAUCACUUGAAUAUAAUCAGCUAUAAAAAAAUGUACGAUGUCCAGUACAAUCUACAUACCAACGAAUCCAUGGGAGUAGUUCAUGGAGAGGAAUUCAGAAGUAUCUUCCACCAAGAAAUCAUGUUUCCACCCGUUCUUGAUGGAGAAGACAGAAUAGUUUCAGAGCGAGUCGUCAAGUUGUGGAGUAACUUCGUGGCAUAUGGGAAUCCAAAUGGGCUAUCCGGAGAACAAAUUUGGAAACCAGUGACAACUUCAGAUUUAGAAUACCUACACAUUUCCACAUCACAUCUCACAAUGAAAACCAGACCGUUUUGGGACGAGUAUAUAUUUUUCAAACGACUGGGAAAUCCGCCGUUGAUGAACUUGACCAUAUACGAGACAUUAUUUUCGCAAAAUGAGAUCCAUUCUGAAUCAUGAUAAUCAGUCUAUCGAACGAAUCCAAUUCAUUUCACAGAAAAUACUCCAUUCUGUUUAGCAUUCUUUUUCCUCAUUCGUUAAAAAUAUUCAUCAAAAAUAAAAUGUUAAGAGCUUUUA